AUGAUAAGUAUGAUACCAUCAUUAUAGUUGAUACUACGCUUGAAACUGGAUGUGGCAAAUCAAAAAUAUGCAAAUUUAUUAAAAAAGGCUACACAAAACCUAUAAUUGAAGUUGGAAAUACUUAUCAAAUUAAAGGAAAAUUAGAGAAAAUUGUUAUACUUUAUUAUUGA